GGAAGUGAACAUUAAAAUAAAUAAUGUUACGUAAAAGUUUGUUUUGGUUUAAAAUAAUUUUGUGUGGAUGUAAGUAGUGUAUGCAAAAAUUCCGUUAUUUUAUCCGAUCGAGUGUAUUUAGCAACUUGUGAUUUUUAUGUUUGUGGUCAAGGACAUAUCUAUGAUGUAUUUGUUGCAAAAGUGUUUCGCCAUGCUGGUUCACCUGCCAGUGGUAUUCUGUCGCCCUCAUUCAAGGAGCGACAUCAUAGCUGGAGAGGAUUUCCUGGCUCUGUUUAUGUCAGCCAGUAAUGAAGAUGAUAGAACUGAUCUUGAAGUUCAAGCAAGUACCAUGCAAUACGACGUAGCGGCCUUAAGGCCAAUAAGCAGAGGCUCCCGAAGUAGCAGAUAUGAAAAAGAACACUCAAACGAUCUUGAUAGAGGUGUUAAGAUUGAAUAUCUUCCUUUGGAAGCCAUGUUUACAACUGUUAAACAAAAGGAUGAUAUCGAUGAUGGCUCUGAGGAAGAUGAUAUAGAAAUGAGAAAAAUAUCUGAUGAUAUUCAACAAAGACUGAGGCGAAUAUACACGCAGCACCAGGAAAUUAAUAGUAAAACCUCGAGCGAACAAACGCGCGUUAAAGAUACUAGGCCUGCUCAAGUAAUUGCUGUCAGUGUGUCAUCUUCUGUAGGUGUUUCUAGAGUGCAUAAAAAUCCAGUCACCGAGAAAGUAGUUGGCAGGAAUAAAGUUUCUGCGGCCGAUGAUGCUGUCGUUAUUUCUAAGAACAAAAAAAGUGAUUUUAACAUCGAUGAAGGCGAACCCACUACUAAAGAAAAAGAUUAUAUUCAAGGAGAGUCGACAAAUAAGCAUGCAGUAAUAACUGCACCAGGCGCGAACGAAGCUUAUUUAGAACAACAAAGGACUCGUCAUCAAAGAAGACAAGAACCGAUGCAUCCAUAUCAUCAGACUAUCAUUUUCCAUAAUGAAAAUAAAGAAGGAGCACAGGCGAGAUCUGUAUCUUACAGCUCCGUCGUGCAGUCAUUUAAUCCGUCUGGUGAAUGGAAAGGAACUGAUGCAAAGGAUAUGCCUGUUAGCAAGAAUAUUACAGAUUUUGACGAAGAUAUAAAGAAAUUUACGGGAAAGAUCUUUAAUGAGCCUGCUAAAAACUACGGAGAACCAGAAAAAAUAUAUUCGGAGCCAGCUAAAAUAUAUUCAGAACCAGCAAAGGUAUACGGACAACCAGAGAAAAUUUAUUCUGAACCUGCUAAGGUAUACGGAGAGCCAGCUAAAAUAUAUUCAGAACCCGCCAAGAUAUAUUCCGAACCAGCAAAAAUCUACUCAGAACCGGCAAAAAUAUACGGUGAACCAGCAAAGGUGUAUAGUGAACCAGAAAAACCAUAUCAGGAACCUUCCAAGUUUGGCGCUAUUGUGAAACCUAUAGUUUCAGUCAAAUUUGGAACACAUAUUUCACCGGAUAAAGAAGAAUUCAUUACACAUCCAGUAGAAGCAAAAACUAAAACUGAUAAACCAACGCAAGUUCCUCCGACGAUAGUAGAUUAUAGUAAGAAAACUUAUGAUGAAUUAAAUGCACCUCGGGAAGAAGUUAAUUUUGAAUCUAAGAAAAUAGUAGAUGAUGGAAGUUACCGGCCUAGUGAACACGAGCACGUUGAACAAAAUUGGGAAGAACCCGAACAAGACUACAGGCCGGUGACGCCAGUUCCACGAGGCGAGCAGUAUGAAUCAACUCCUGAACAGAAUUAUGAGGUUGAUGAAGCUGUCAGCGUCCAGACAAAUGGACGGGCACACGGAGUGCAAUCUCCCAAGAAAAAAGAUGAUGAAAAUCAAAAAGUGGGCUAUGUUGUGGAAGGAAGAAACUUCCGAAAGUAUCGUGUUGAGGAACGGACUGCAGAUGGUUUUAUAGUUGGUGAAUACGGAGUGGUCAGUCACGACGACGGUAGUUUAAGAGGCGUCAGAUAUACGGCCGAUGGUACAACGAAUCCUAGGCUAAUAUACGACGCGCUAAUGAAGUUCUUGUCAUUAUAAUGUGGUAUACAUUUGAUACUGCCUUUAAUACGCUUCUUUGUUGUUAAUGUCUGGAUGUAUUCUAAUCAACAAAUAUUA